AUGGACCACGCCAUGUACCAUUCCCUUGGCAUGGGCCAGCAAGAUCCCAACGAUCCAAACAGCCAGUACAACCAGUCGAACCAGGGCACACCUAAUCAGUUCCAACCACCCGUUGCUCCCAACCCGUACCAGCAGCAGCAACAACAACAACAAUUUCCACCUCAGCAAGGCACUCCUCAGGGACAACCAUAUUAUGGGACACCUUCGUCAAUGCCGCCUGGCGGCCCCUCGCCCCAGCCGACCCAGGGAUAUUUCCAGGGCCAGCCCCAAGCAGACCCGAACGAUAUCACGGCGCAGAUGGCAGGCAUGUCGCUCGGGGCCGAGGGACACCAGGUUGGUGUGGGAAAGAGGAAGAAGAAGGACAGGCACGCAUACCACCAGGUCGAAUCCACCGGUUCGUCUCAGGCAUUCAACGGGAUACCUCCCGCGGGUACACCUGCUACGGCCUUCCUGAACGCCGACCCCUCAGGAACCACCGGGGGCCAAUUUCCGGCUCCCGCCAAUGCCCCAUACACACCAGGUAGCGUCGCCUCUCCAGCAGAGUUCGGUGCGAGGGACGGCAUUAGCGAGGCUGCUGUCUCGGCUGGAGGGCAGAACAAGGUCUCCCAGGACGAGCUCCCCAGUGUACCCGCCGCCCGAGACGCCGCGCAACAACACUACCUCAGCAACAUCUAUCCUACCUUCGAGAAGCACGUGCCGCCUCCUGCUUCCGUUUCCUUCGUGGCCUUUGAUCAGGGCAACUCCUCGCCGAAGUUUGCCCGACUGACCAUGAACAACAUCCCCGCCACCUCAGAGGCGCUGCAUACAACUGGACUGCCCCUCGGUCUCAUGCUUCAGCCGCUGGCCCGGGCUCAGGCUGGCGAGGCCGAGGUCCCCGUUCUAGACUUUGGCGACAUCGGUCCACCUAGGUGUAGGAGAUGUCGAGCAUACAUCAAUCCUUUCAUGAUGUUCCGUUCGGGUGGCAACAAGUUUGUUUGCAACCUCUGCACAUAUCCCAAUGAUACCCCGCCAGAAUAUUUCUGCGCAACUUCACCGCAAGGCAUUCGCGUCGACCGGGACCAGCGGCCGGAGCUGUGCCGCGGCACAGUCGAGUUUGUGUGCCCCAAGGAGUACUACAAUAGGGAGCCAGUGGGCCUGAGGUGGCUCUUUGUCAUCGAUGUAACCCAGGAGGCUUUCAACAAGGGUUACCUUGAGGCUUUCUGUGAUGGCAUUUUGGCCACUCUGUACGGUACGGACGAAUCAGAGGAGAAAGAUGAGAACGGCGAAACAAAACCGAGAAUACCCCCCAACUCGAGGGUUGGCUUUGUCACUUACGACAAGGAGGUGCACUUUUACAACUGCAGUGCCGCGUUGGAGCAAGCUCAAAUGAUGAUCAUGCCCGAUAUCGAGGAUCCAUUCGUACCCCUGAGCGAUGGGCUGUUUGUUGACCCCCAUGAGUCAAAGGCUGUCAUCUCGUCUCUGCUCACAAGAUUACCACAGAUGUUCUCAGCCAUCAAGAACCCGGAACCCGCCCUGCUGUCCACUCUCAACUCAGCCGUCUCGUCUCUCGAGAAGACCGGAGGCAAGAUCAUCUGCUCACUAUCAGCGUUGCCAACAUGGGGCCCUGGCCGUCUGUUCAUGAGGGACGAUGGCAAGCAUCCAGGUGGCGAGAUCGACAAGAAGCUCUUCACGACUGAGCACCCUGGCUGGAGGAAACUCGCCGAGAGAAUGGCUGCCGCCGGAGUCGGAGCCGAUUUCUUCCUUGCUGCACCCACUGGGGGCUAUCUUGACAUUGCCACGAUAGGUUACGUCUCUGCUAUCACCGGCGGUGAGACCUUUUACUAUCCGAACUUUGUGAACGGAAGAGACAAUGCCAAGCUGUCUCUCGAGGUAAAACAUGCAGUCACCCGGGAGACCGGUUACGAAGCCCUCAUGAAAGUGAGGUGCUCCAAUGGCUUGCAAGUUUCUGGAUACCACGGAAACUUCAUCCAGCACACUUUUGGUGCUGACCUCGAGAUUGGAAGCAUUGAUGCGGACAGGGCAAUUGGUGUCACUUUCAGCCACGACGGCAAGCUAGACUCAAAGCUGGAUGCUCACUUCCAGUCGGCGCUGCUGUACACCACCGCAAACGGCGAGCGCAGAGUGCGGUGCUGCAAUAUCGUGGCCAGUGUCAGUGACAAUGCCAAGGAGAGCAUCAAGUUUGUCGACCAAGACGCCGUCGUGUCGAUCAUCGCCAAGGAAGCAGCAACAAAACUGGCAAGCACGUCAGCCUCAUUGAAGGACAUCAGGCUCGUACUGCAGGAGAAGACCAUCGACGUGAUGGCCGGCUACAGGAAGCACUUUGUUUCGCAGUCGUACCCACCGGCGCAGCUCGUCAUGCCGGAUAAGCUCAAGGAGCUCUGCAUGUAUAUGCUCGGCAUGAUUAAGUGCAGGGCUUUCAAGGGCGGUAACGAGACCUCAGACCGACGCGUGCACGAGAUGCGAAUGAUCCGUGGGAUGGGCUGCCUCGAGAUGAGCUUGUACCUCUACCCGCGCAUGAUAGCCGUGCACAACUUCCAGGAGACUGAAGGCUUUGCGGACCCAUCAACAGGCCAACUCAAGCUGCCGCCCACGAUGCGCAACACCUUUAGCAAGGUCGAGCCCGGCGGUGUGUACCUGAUGGACAAUGGUCAGCAGUGCAUCCUGUGGUUCCACGCGCAGACGUCGCCGAAUCUCAUCCAGGAUCUCUUCGGCGAGGACAAGACGACACUACAAAGCCUCGAUGCAUACACGAGCGACCUGCCAGUGUUGGAGACGCUUCUGAGUGCACAAGUGCGGAAUAUCAUCGAGUUCUGGAAGACGCUUAGGGGCUCCAAGGGCUUCACUGUCCAGCUCGCAAGGCAGGGCAUCGAUGGCGCCGAGUACGAAUGGGCGCGCGGGCUAGUUGAAGACAGGAAUAAUGAGGCACAGUCGUAUGUGGACUGGCUCGUCAACAUCCACCGCAUGGUGCAGCUCGAGCUCGCGGGUCAGCGCAAGAAGGAGGUCGAGAUGGAGAACUCGGCCAUGGGCACCUUUGCCGGUCUGCGGCCCGCCUACUGGUAG